AAUAAAGAAAAACAAAAUUAUUAAUACCUGAUAGUUGUUAUCAAGUUCCAUUGCGUUGUUUAAACUAGUUUCCCAAUUGUUCCUAUUCAUACUAAACAAGUUGUCAAUUUCACUUUAAUGUUUUAAUAAUUUAGUAACAGUAAUUAUGCGUCUUAUAACAAUACGAAAUAUUAUUAAAAUAAGGCGGAAAUAUGAUGUAUUUCUCAGAGAGUUUGGUGUCCAAAUUGGAAGUGAACCGGACAGAAGCUCGCCGGUGUAUAAAGAAAACUAUUCUGAAAUGCAAAACUUAGUAAAUCAGUUAAAGCAAUCUAUAAAGAAAGUGGAGAAUGGAGGUGGGAAAGCAGCAUAUCAAAGACACAUUAGCAAGGGGAAAUUGACAGCAAGACAAAGGGUAGACUUACUGCUAGAUCCUGGAUCCCCGUUUCUUGAACUUUCUCAGUUAGCAGCAAAUGAUAUGUACCAACCAGAUAACAUUGCAGCUGCAGGCAUAAUAUGUGGUAUCGGCAAAAUUAGUGGAGUACAGUGUAUGGUGAUUGCAAAUGAUGCAACCGUAAAAGGAGGGACUUAUUACCCAAUGACAGUAAAGAAACAUCUGAGAGCCCAAGAGAUUGCAUGGGAAAACCAUUUACCAUGUGUGUAUCUGGUCGAUUCUGGAGGUGCUAAUCUUCCUCAUCAGGCGGAAAGCUAUCCUGAUAAAUUCCACUUUGGGAGAAUAUUCUUUAAUCAAGCAAAUAUGUCUGCUGCAGGUAUAGUUCAGAUUGCUGUGGUGAUGGGAAGUUGCACGGCAGGAGGAGCAUAUGUACCUUCAAUGGCUGAUGAGAGUGUGAUCGUCUCCAAACAGGGCACGAUAUUCCUGGCUGGACCUCCUUUGGUCAGGGCUGCUACAGGCGAGAUUGUCUCUGCAGAAGAUCUGGGUGGUGCUGAUCUACACUGUGGAGUUUCUGGAGUGACAGACCACUAUGCUGUGGAUGACAAACAUGCACUGAGAAUAACACAAACCAUCAUCUCUCGGUUGAAUGCAAACAAAAUAAAACCCAUAGCAACAAGGAAUGAGCCUGAGCCUCCCAUUUUCCCUGCAGACCAACUCUAUGGCAUAGUUGGAGCUAAUCUAAAGAAGAGUUUUGACAUUCGAGAGGUCAUAGCAAGAUUAGUUGAUGGGUCCAGAUUUUCUGAGUUUAAAGCAAAAUAUGGAGAAACAUUAGUUACUGGUUUUGCUAGUUUAUUUGGCUAUCCAAUUGGCAUUAUUGCAAACAAUGGUGUUCUUUUUUCUGAAUCUGCAGUUAAAGGUACACAUUUCAUUGAACUCUGUUGUCAAAGAAAAGUUCCAUUGUUGUUUUUACAGAACAUUACAGGUUUCAUGGUUGGGAGAGAUGCAGAGGCGGGCGGUAUUGCCAAGCAUGGUGCCAAGAUGGUAACUGCUGUGUCGUGUGCUCAAGUUCCUAAACUGACUUUAAUUGUGGGUGGCUCCUAUGGUGCAGGCAACUAUGGCAUGUGUGGCAGAGCUUACAACCCUAGGUUUCUGUACAUGUGGCCCAAUGCAAGGAUCUCAGUGAUGGGUGGUGAACAGGCAGCAGGAGUCCUAGCUCAGAUAACCAGGGACCAGAAGUUGCGUAAUAAAGAAAAGUGGACUGAAAAAGAAGAAAUAGCCAUCAAAGAGCCUAUUGUGAAGAAAUUUGAAAAAGAAGGCAGCCCUUAUUAUUCAACAGCAAGGCUGUGGGAUGAUGGCAUCAUAGAUCCUCAAGAUACUCGACAAAUCCUGGCUCUUAGUCUUGCUGCCACAUUAAAUGUUGGGAUUUCUGAUACAAAAUUUGGGGUAUUUCGAAUGUAAAUGUAUAAAAAUAAAAUAUAAUUUUUGUUCCGAAAAUGUAAAUGUUACAUGUUAUUUACUUUUUUUGUUUAAAAUAUAUAUUUUUCAUAAUUUUAUCA